AGACUCUCCGUAUGUUCAAAGCGCAUCCUUUGCGCCGUUUGGAUUUGUGAGGGUGGGGUCUCACUUUGGAGUCGUUGACGUCGUCCUUGCAGUUGGUUUUUAACAGUCUGUAAAAGAAAAAAGUGCUUUGAGACUUAAGUAAAGGAGGAGAAACGGAAGUGGUGAGGCGGUUAGAAAUGUUUUGCGCUGCUGCCUUAAGAUCCUAAUCAGUGAUGGACGAAACUAGUGACCUUUCACAUUCUAAACGGGAUUUGUCAGGAGCAUCAGGAGAGCGCGUUCCAAACAACCCUUCUCUUUAUUUUUGUAAUCGUUCACCUGCACCAGAAAGUGGUCACACGAAUAUGCCGGGAACAUCCGCGCUCUGACUGAUGCGCUUUGGUGCGUACGGACUGAACCUUGGACAGUGUGGACUAUAGUAUGAGCCGCCAUGGCUUGGUGUGACCGUGGGGUUCAAACGCUGCUGGCCACAGCUGGGGCUUUCGCUGCGUUCAGCCUGAUGACCAUCGCCAUUGGAACGGACUAUUGGUUGUAUUCGCGUGCAUACAUAUGUAAUGGCACAAACACCACCACAGAUGAGACCCAGACUCAGAUCAGAACUAAGAAAGGCGAUCUCACCCACUCCGGACUGUGGAGAAUCUGUUGCAUUGAAGGCAUCAAUCAAGGCAGCUGUUACAGAAUCAACCAUUUCCCAGAUGACAACGACUACGACACAGACAGCUCUGAAUAUCUGCUCCGUAUAGUUCGAGCAUCUAGCGUGUUUCCCAUCCUCAGCACCAUCCUGUUGAUGCUUGGUGGACUUUGCGUAGGGGUGGGACGCAUCUACAGCAAGACAAACAACGUUCUCCUCAGCGCAGGCAUUCUUUUUGUAGCUGCAGGUCUGAGCAACAUCAUUGGCAUCAUUGUCUACAUAUCCAGCAACGCAGGAGAUCCCGGCGACAAACGCGAUGAUGACAAGAAGUACACCUACUCCUAUGGCUGGUCCUUCUACUUUGGUGCACUCUCCUUCAUUGUAGCCGAAUCUGUGGCGGUCCUGGCCGUUAACAUCUACAUUGAGAAGAACAAGGAGGUUCGCUGGAAGGCACGACGGGAGUUUAUCCGUUCGCUCUCCUCCUCCUCCCCGUACUCGAGGAUACCGAGCUUCCGUUACCGUCGGCGGACGUCGCAGGCCAGCUCUCAUUCCUCCGAGGCCUCCAGGGAGAACUCCCCAGUGGUUGGUUUGAAGGGGGCACCGUCUUCUAGCGGGCCGCUUGACGAGCUCUCCAUGUAUGCUUUGGCAAGGGACAGUAUGACGGAGAACACGUACAGCCCCGAGCACGAGGGCGCUGCAGAGUUCCUGCAGGUCCAUAACUGUUUCCCCAAUGACUUAAAGGAUGGUGUGAACCGCAGGACCACGCCUGUGUAAUGAACAAGGGAUUGGUAAGACGCCUGAUUUGAACUACGGACCGCCAUGUUUGGGUAAAAUCUGUGAAUUUUGAAACGAUCAGAAUUUCCAUUGUUUAUAAAAUAGCCAUUUUGUAAUAUUAAAUGUAAAAAGCCAGCUCUCAUCAGUGCGAUGAUCCCUACAUUAUGUAUCGAGAGAGUGAGAUGUGUGAAUCAAACAAGGUGCUAAAUGAUUUUCAAUGACUUGUACUUCAUUUAAAAAUGUUGUGUUUGUGUGUGACACUUGAGUAAAGCCAUUUCUACAAAACAUUUAGUGUGCAAGGUAACACACUCUCUGUUAAAGCCAAGACCCAUACAUAAAACAUAUCUUGAUAUCAGAUAAUUACAACAUACGAGUAAAACUGUCAUUAUUUAUUGGAAUAAACUAAAUCAACCUUAUUGUAAACAAAAUCACUUAAUUCAAUUGUUUAACAUGAAUUUAAUGGAAUUUAUGAAAUUAUUAAUGAUAGUGAAAUGAUUUUCUAUAAAGAGGAUGCUGCAAACAGCAUUUUCUAGUACAAUCUCUAAUUAUCAUAUUUCCACCACUGUGUUUAACAGUUUGAAUUCCUCUACAUUUUUUUCCAUCAUAGUGCUGUGUAUUAUUGCAAACAGUCCUCAAUUUGCUCUAUCUCACCUUAGCUUCUAAGCGCUGGUCAGGGCUAGAAAGUUAUUACAUUUUCAUGUCACGAUUGACACAUUUUUCAAAUUGCAGAAGGAGCACUACUAUUUUAUGUCUCAUGUUUAUGUUUUUACAUGACUUCCAAAUGAAGCUUUUAACAAAUUGUGAUGGAAGCUUUUAAGAUUCCAUAUGACUGUCUUGAAGUUGAAUGUUGGCAUGUAGGCUUAAGUCAUGAACCUUCAUCACGUUUCAUCAUCUUGAUUGUUCAGACAGGACUUUUGUUUUCUUGCAUCUAUAAUUCAUUGAAUUUUUUUUUGUCAGUGGAGCGAACCUUAAACCACAUCCAGUAGUCUGCCAUCUCUCCAUCCAACUUCACGAUGGAUGUGCUAUUGUGUUUGAAAAGGAGAAGCUGUCAAAAAAAAGAGGGGGUGCCCAGAACUGUGAGAACAACCCAGGUCAGGACUCCCUUCUGCUCCGGACCAAUCCUUGGCAUCAAAGGUUUAACUGUUAAACAUCACAGCCGGGCGGGAAAUUCGUGUCUGCCCUUCUCCCAGACUGUGAGCCCAUCUGGAGGCUUUCCUUUCCCUUUUGUUUAUCCAGCAAAGGGAUCAGACAGAAGCAGAAGGGACAGUCUGGAUUCUCAUCUCUUAAGACUCAAAAUACCUGCAGGUCCAUCUCUGCUGUGCUUUGUCAUUUCUCUCAGGAAAUGCAGUGUAGUUGUGGCAAAAAACAUCUUUUUCUGAUGGAUUCAAGCACGUAACGGAUCAGCAGUGGAGCCAAAACCUGUUGAAAAUAAUUUGAAAGGAACAAUAAAAUGUCAUCACUGUUUUAUAUUAAACGCUGUGAAUGUUUGACUCCAGAUUGUUUUUUUGAACGCCUGCUUUAGGAUUUGUGUGGAGCGUGCUCAGACAAACUUGUAGAAGGAUCUGUCCAUAUGAGAAUGUUUCUUUGGAUGUACAAAAAAAGAAGCAAUUUGUGUUAGUCUUUAACUUUAUAUAGAUAUAUAUUUCAAAUCAAAAUCAGCCUUCAGUAUAGGACUGUAAAUAAAUGUACUAUGAAUACAAAUAAUGUGAGAAAAAAGAGGGGGAAAAAACAUCCAAGUAACAAUAAAAUUAUUAAUAAUGCCUUUAUUAAUUUGGCGGUGUGAUUUUAUUUACUUUUUAAAUUCAGGUGAAACUGGUUUUCUUGUUUAAGUCAGUAGAUUUGUUGAGUAUUCUUCUUUAUAGGUAAAUUAUGUACCGGUACGUUUAGGAGAAAAGAUUCAAUUUUCUAUUCCUCGUUUGGGCAGUAACUGUACUUUAUUGUAUGUGCUUCUACUGUUCAAUGGCUUACUAUAUGUUGAAGCAUCUUCUCUAUUUUCAUGAAGAAAACUUCUGAACCUUUGAGUGUGGAUGUUUAAAAGGAGAGUGUGUAACAUUUGAACAUCUAUAAUGUAUUAAUGUGUUAUAGUAUGAUCAAAACCAAACUUAUCACUAUUGUAAAGGUAUUUUCAGUGCCUUUGCUCUUUUUACUAUCUACUGUAUCUGCCGCUUUUAUUGUUAAGUUUCAAAUAUAUUUUUUAUUUUCUUCAAAUAUUCUGUACAUGGACAAAUAAACUAAAUCAGGG